UUACACUUGGCACAAUGCAGUCAGGCAAGUACCAUUCUCCUGGCAACAGCCAAACCCAGACACAUCCUUUGGAUUUCCAGAUAGAGAAGUGUAAUUCUUCACUCCAGAGAACAAGUUUCCACUGCUCUAGAGUCCAGUGGUGGUUGGCUGAGUUGCUGUUGUUCCCAGUUGCUUCCACUUUGUUAUAAUACCACUAACAGUUGACCGUGGAAAAUUUAGUAGCAAGGAAAUUUCAUGGAUAGACCUAUCACAGUACCACGCUUGAAUUCACUGAGCUCCUGAGAGCGACCCAUUCUUUCACAAAUGUUUGUAGAAGCCGUCUGCAUGCCUAG